GGCGGGAGCCUUGAGCUCCUCUGGUGGUGACAGGAUCUCUGUCUACGCCAGUUCCUCCUCCCUCGAUGCGUGGCUCCUGUCGUCUCCUACUCGGUCAGUGCUGCCGAAUAUGAGACGAUCUGCAGCACCCAGUCAGUUGCAGGGGAAUCCCUCAAAAAAACUAAAAUUUGUACCACCAGGAAGAAGUAAUCCAAGUCCAAGUGAAGACACAAUGAAGCUGAGUACAGAUAGAAAAUUACUAGAGGUUGCUACAAAUAGGAAUACCUUUCUCCAAUCACAAAGCCAUCCCAGAAUAUGCAGUUUAAAGCCUCUGCCUAUUGAAGAAUGUACUAAAGAAAUUAAUCAUGGGGAUAAUUAUAGUGGAAAGUACUGCUCUGAAGCAUCUGCAAUAGCAACGUUAGAUCCACUUCAUACAGUACAUUCAACCCAUAAAGAAAUAACAGUGUCUAAGGGACAAGAAGAGGAACCUAAUAGCCUAGUUAAAUAUUUCAGUGUUGUUUGGUGUAAGGCUUCAAAGAAAAAACACAAAAAGUGGGAAGGUGAUGCUGUUCUUAUUGUAAAAGGAAAAUCAUUUACAUUAAAGGAUUUGGAAGGCAAAGACAUUGGAAGAGGCACUGGAUAUAAACUGAAAGAGCUUGAAAAGAUUGAAGAGGGCCAAACAAUGAUGAUUGGUGGAAAAGAAAUAGAAGUCAUGGGUGUAAUCUCUCCAGAUGAUUUCAACAGCGGCAGAUGUUUUCAGCUUGGAGGAGGAAGUCCUGCUAUCUCAAAUUCUUCUCAAGCUGCCAAGAAGUGUUUUUCUAACCCUUUCAAAAAUGUCUGUAAGUCAAGUUCAAAGGAAAAUAGACAGAAUGCUUUCCAAAACUGCAAACCACGCCAUGACCCAUAUGCACCAAAUUCCCUUGUUAUGCUACGACCAGACAAUAAUCACCAGUGGAUGUUCAAUAAGAACUGUUUCCCUCUUGUGGAUGUAGUGAUAGAUCCUCAUCUUGUGCAUCAUCUUCGACCACAUCAGAAAGAAGGAAUCAUUUUCCUAUAUGAAUGUGUGAUGGGAAUGAGGGUGAAUGGCAGAUGUGGAGCUAUUCUUGCUGAUGAAAUGGGUUUAGGGAAGACAUUGCAAUGCAUUUCACUCAUUUGGACACUACAGUGUCAGGGACCCUAUGGAGGCAAGCCAGUAAUAAAAAAGACACUUAUUGUCACACCUGGAAGCUUGGUGACUAAUUGGAGGAAAGAAUUUCAAAAAUGGCUAGGAAGUGAAAGGAUCAAGAUAUUUACUGUUGAUCAGGACCACAAAGUUGAAGAAUUCAUCAAAUCUCCAUUUUAUUCUGUCCUUAUCAUGAGUUAUGAAAUGUUACUUCGUUCCCUGGAUCAAAUUAAGAAUACAAAAUUUGAUCUUCUAAUCUGUGAUGAAGGGCAUCGUUUGAAGAACAGUACCAUUAAGACAACUACAGCCCUCCUUAGCCUCUCCUGUGAGAAAAGAAUAAUUCUAACUGGUACUCCAAUUCAGAAUGAUCUCCAGGAAUUUUUUGCAUUAAUUGAUUUUGUAAAUCCAGGAAUAUUAGGCUCUUUGUCAUCUUACAGAAAAAUAUAUGAAGAACCUAUCAUUUUAUCGAGACAACCUUCUGCUUCUGAGGAAGAAAAGGAGUUAGGAGAGAGAAGAGCUGUUGAACUUACUUGCCUCACUGGUCUUUUUAUCCUUAGAAGAACCCAAGAGGUCAUAAAUGAGUAUCUUCCACCCAAAAUAGAGAAUGUAAUCUUUUGCCGACCAGGAACACUACAGAUUAAGCUUUACCGAAAGCUGCUGGAUUCUCAGGCUGUCAGGUUCUGUCUUCAAGGGAUGUUGGAAAGUAGUCCUCAUCUAAUAUGUAUAGGAGCUCUUAAAAAAUUGUGCAAUCACCCCUGCCUUUUGUUCAAUUCUAUAAAGGAAAAAGAAUGUAGCUCAACUUGGGAUGAAAAUGAAGAAAGGAGUUUGUACGAAGGCUUGAUAAAUGUGUUUCCUGCUGAUUACAACCCCCUCCUGUUUACUGAGAGAGAGUCAGGAAAACUACAGGUGCUGUCACAGCUCUUAGCAGUUAUCCACGAACUCCAUCCUGCUGAAAAAGUGGUAUUAGUAUCCAACUAUACACAAACCUUGAAUAUUUUACAAGAAGUGUGUAAGCGUCAUGGAUAUGCUUAUACAAGACUUGAUGGACAAACACCAAUCUCUCAAAGGCAAAAAAUUGUUGAUGGCUUUAAUAGUAGAUACUCUUCAGAUUUUAUUUUUUUGUUAAGUUCAAAAGCUGGUGGUGUGGGACUUAACCUUAUUGGAGGAUCUCACUUAAUUCUUUAUGACAUUGAUUGGAAUCCAGCCACUGAUAUCCAGGCAAUGUCUAGAGUCUGGAGAGAUGGCCAGAAACAUCCUGUCCAUAUAUACAGACUUCUAACCACAGGUACAAUAGAAGAAAAGAUCUAUCAAAGGCAGAUCAGUAAGCAAGGUCUCUCUGGGGCAGUUGUGGACCUAACCAAGACAUCUGAACAUAUCCAGUUUUCAGUAGAGGAACUUAGAAAUUUGUUCACACUACAUGAAAGUUCACAAUGCAUUACUCAUGACUUGCUUGACUGUGAAUGUACAGGAGAACAAGAUCAUGCAGGUGAUUCAUUGGAAAAAUUCCCUGCCUCUAGAAAUUGUCAGCUUGGUCCACAUCACCAGAAGUCUAAGUCUCUGAAACCUCUCUCCAUGUCACAGCUGAAGCAAUGGAAACAUUUUUCUGGAGAUCAUUUAAAUCUUACAGAUCCUCUUCUUGAAAGAAUAAGAGAAAAUGUGUCAUUCUUUUUUCAGAAUAUAACCAAUGAAACUAUUACUAUAUAAUGGAAGGUGACUUCAUAACAUUCCCUGCCCUCCCCCUUAAAAAAGUUAAUAUAGUAAUUAAUUGUAGGUUUGAAAACAUAGAUUUGAAUUACAACUAUAUUUUGUUGCAGAUAUCUCAUAGUUUUGAUAUAAAAUCAAAUUGAGUUUAAUUUUUUUGUAUAUGUUCUCAAAUAUUGAAACAUUAAAGACAUACUUUUAUUAUCAUGUAA